CGUCCACUUGACAUUCGCUCCAUCUUUGGCACGCUCGCAGCAUACCAUACGCUCCACGCACAUACGAGCCAGCAUCACCCACCCACCCACACUUCUUCUUGCGUCCUCCUCUUGCAGCUAGCUCAACCAGUCAGCCAGCCACCUUAGAAAAGCUAGUCUCGCUCUCCACUACCUCGCACCCGCCCUCCACCCCCACUUUUACAUUGUUGACAAUGACAUCGGCAAGUCUAGAUCCCCUCUUUCCUCAAACCAUCCUUCCAGCGGUAAAAGAGCAGUCGUCCGGCGUAUCUCUACCUUCGGCCCGUACCUCCUCUUCUGCCUCCUCGACUGUACGUCCUUCUUCUUCUUCCACAUCUGCCUCUCCUAGCACUACCACCUCAAAGCCAUCCUCAUCGAGUAGAGCUCCCCCUUCCAAUUGGCUACAAUCCAACGGUCCCUUCUACGCCCUCGGCUCCCUCCUCCUCCUCUACCUCAUCACCCCCACCCUCCUCUCCCUCCUCCGAACCCUAGCCCUCUUCGCAACACCCUAUGGUCUCACCUACCUAUCCGCCCUCCCCUUUAUCCUAACCGACUCCGGCGACCGGACCAACUCCACCUCGCGCCUCCUCUGCUUUAUCCCUUGGACAUUAGCUCUACUGGCUCAUGCAAUUGCCAUUUGGCAUACGCUGCUCAGGGGGGCGGGGAGUGGAUUGUUUGGAUUGAGCUGGUUUGUUGCGGGGGUGCUCAGUUUGGGAUUGACGUCGAUUCAGGUUGUUACGUUGGAGUGUAUUGUGGAUAGAGAUUUUGCUAGGAUGUGAGAGAGAGGGAGUCCCAGACUCUCUGCUACACUCCACCUCCUUCUUACGAAACACAUACAAGCUUUGGCUCUCAUCUCAUCAAUCAAUCAGUCAGUCACAAGACGCCC